UCCUUAUUGGACGAUGGUUUCUUAGAGUCAGCUUAACAUGAACAAAGACUUCCCAACAGUAUCCUAAAAACCCAACCGCCUCAUAUUUUGACGUAAACUUCAAGUUCAAACUUUGAAACAAACCUCAGCUUCCUCAAAACUUCUCUUUUUCUGGUAUCAAUUUCUCUUCCCUUUAUUCUUCAUUGCACUUCUCAACUUUUUUUUAUUUUAUAUAUUCUUUCUCUUUCCUUUCAACCAAACACUCCCCAAGGUUCUUCCACAAAAUAAAACUAAAAAAGAUCCAUCAAGAUUUCAGUGCUAUUUUAGACAAAAAUGAAGAAAUGGUUGGGAGGUGUCCUAAUGGGGUCUUUCAUUGUGAUCUUGAUUUUAAGAUAUAAUGUGAUGUUCAAGAACCCUUUUUCGAACAACACUCUUCGACAACGUAUCUUCGUAAAUACGACUGAUCCGCGACUUAAAUGGGUACAACAACCUACCGUUUCUCCGGUAGUUCAAAGUCCCGAAGCUGUUAAUCAAGUCGUUGUUGCGGACGAGCUGGUUUCGGGAUUGUUUCUUGAUAGGAAUUUCUCUAGUGAAGUUCAAAGUUCUUUAUUUACAUGGAAUGAAAUGAAGCAUAUAGUUAACUACAGCAAAGGAUUACCGAAUGCGUUAGAAGCCGUUCGAGAAGCUCGAAUCGCGUGGGACAAUCUUAUGGAUAUCGUUGCGAAGAAGCAACAAAUCGAGGUGAAUGAAAGUUCAGUUGAUAAUAAAGGGAAACAAUGUCCCUAUUUCUUAAGUAAAAUGGAUACUAAAGAUUUUGGAGAUAAAGGUUAUAAGUUAAGAAUCCCAUGUGGUCUAAUUCAAGGCUCUGCAAUCACUAUCAUCGGCAUUCCGAAUGGUCUUUCCGGAAGUUUCAGGAUUGAUUUAACAGGGGAAUCAGUUCCAGAGGAGCCAAACCCUCCUAUUGUUUUGCAUUACAAUGUUCGUCUCCAAGGCGAUAAGGUCACCGAGGAUCCCGUAAUUGUUCAAAACACAUGGACUACAGCUCAAGAUUGGGGUGAAGAAGAGCGGUGCCCCUCUAGAAACAAUAAGAAAGUGGAUGAUUUGAAACAAUGCAGUGAAAAGGUCGGGAAACUCGAUAACAGAACUAGAAGCAAGCCUUACUUUCCAUUCAAGUUAGGGUAUUUAUCCGUUAUGACACUUCGGGUUGGAGAAGAAGGAUUUCAUAUGACCGUCGAUGGAAAACAAAUAACAUCGUUCGCAUACCGUGAAGGUUUAGAACCAUGGCUUGUGAAUGAAGUAAGGAUAUUUGGGGAUAUGAACUUAACAUCAGUGUUAGCCAGUGGUUUACCUACAUCUGAGGACUUGGAACAUAUUGAUGACUUGGAUGCUUUAAGAACGGUUCCGCUCCCACUACACCGUCCGUUAGACCUAUUUAUUGGUGUCUUUUCGACGGCAAACAACUUCAAACGCCGAAUGGCAGUUCGAAGGACUUGGAUGCAAUACCCUGCAGUAAAGUCUGGAACAGUCGCAGCCCGGUUUUUCGUCGGUCUACAUAAGAACCAGAUAGUGAAUGAGGAACUUUGGAGUGAGAUAAAGACCUAUGGUGACAUUCAAUUGAUGCCUUUUGUUGAUUAUUAUGGUCUUAUUACAUGGAAGACUAUUGCAAUCUGCAUUUUUGGGACAGAGGCUGUUUCAGCCAAGUAUGUGAUGAAAACGGACGAUGAUGCCUUUGUUCGAGUGGAUGAAGUGUUGGGUACUAUAAGUAAAGAAAAUGUGAAGCAUGGGCUGCUUUAUGGUCUUAUAAACUAUGAUGCUCAACCUCAUAGGAAUGCUGACAGUAAAUGGUACAUCAGUCCUGAGGAAUAUCCGGAAAAGACUUACCCUCCUUGGGCACAUGGCCCUGGUUAUGUGGUCUCAAAUGACAUAGCUAAAGUUGUAUAUACAAAGCACAAAGAAGGAUCUUUACGAAUGUUUAAGCUGGAGGAUGUGGCAAUGGGGAUAUGGAUAGCAGAGAUGAAAAAGGAAGGUUUCAAAGUGUAUUACAAGGAUGAAAAUAGGGUGUACAAUGAAGGGUGCAAUGAUGGUUUUGUUGUAGCUCAUUACCAAAGCCCCAGGGAGAUGCUUUGCCUAUGGCAAAAGUUGCAGGCAGAGGGCGUUGCUAAAUGCUGCAAUUGAUAAGCUAAGGCUUAGUGAACCGGAUUUAGGAAGCAAGUACAUAUAUUCAAUUUUUACAAGUUUUUUAGGUAAAAGUACUAUAGAGAACCUUGUACUAAGAGUUAGAUUAUAUUUUACCACCUCAAUUUAAAAAAGGGUCAAAUUAGUCCCUCUACGAUAGAUUAGAGACAAAAUUGAUCAUUCUGUUAAAAAUUGGUCUAUAUAUGUCAGAAUGAGGUACACUUGACACACCACGUGUAACUAUUUGGUUAUUCUAUUAGUAACGCUAAUUUUUAAUAUUAGUAAUAGAUUAGAUUUUUACUAGAAAGAACCAAUUUUUUUAAUCUAAUGUAUAGGGAUUAAUUUACUCAUUUUUGAAUAAAGAGAAUAAAAUACAAUCUAACUCUUAGUACAAA